UCCGCGUUGACCUUCAUAAUUGUCACAUAAUUUGCUGUAAACUGAAAAGUCUACAGUCAAUGCUUGUUUAAGCCUCAACUAGGAAGAAAAAUAAGAACAUAGCCUGCAUUACUUUUGAGAGAUCAACAGUGGAAUUCAGAUCAGAUCAUAUACUUACUUCAUUCAAUCCUCUCUCAUUCAACAUAGAAAAACACCAACAAAAAAGGCAAACUUAUCUCGGAUUUCAUAAGCUUAUAAGUUAGGGGCUGAGUUUGUUGAGCUAUGGAGUUCAAGCACUUUAGCCAUGUUCAUGGCCUGGUUUAUCACCAAAUUCCGCAAGGCACCGAGAUUCAAUGUUCCGGCUGCAAGUUUCCGGGUUCCGGCAAUGUCUACGCUUGUUGGCAAUGCAGUUAUUUCCUACACGAACAAUGCUUUCAGGCAAGCCGAUCCUUGAAACACCAUUCUCACACAGCUCAUCCUUUGACAUUAGUCCCAUACCCAACUUAUCCUUCCAAUUCCUUCUACUGCAACACUUGCAAUCUCAUCGGAAAUGGCUUCUCUUAUUGCUGUUCGGAAUGUGAUUUUGACCUCCACAUCCACUGUGCUUUAAAACCCAAUCCAAUUCCUCCCUCAAUCCCUGAAAAUCCCUCCCCUGUUCCUGUUUAUCCCAAUUACCCGAAUUUCAGUCCUCAACCUCCGAUUCCAGGGCCUCAAAGUCAGAAUGUUAAUCAAACUGCAAACUUUUCCCCGAGUUAUCUCCCAUCGGCACCUGAAUCUGUCGGCUAUUACCAAUCCAUCCAGCAAACUAAUGCUAACCCGAAUCCUCUGCCAAUUAAUUCCCCUGUUCCUCCUAUCCCACAAAAUUUUACCCCUAAUCCUCUUCCCACUGGCCCGAAUCUUCCAUCCACUACUACUCCUCCAAGUUUUCCGACUGGUUAUCCUCAACCCAAUGUUCAAUCUAAUCCAACCCCAAGUUCUACCGCCGGAAUCAAUUUUCCGGGAGCUAGUACUAGCAGUGGUAGCCCAGUAAUCCCACCUGCUAAUCCGGUAACAAAUCCUCCAUUGCCACAAGUUUCAGGACCGAUUCGUAUUUCAUUGUUGAGUAAUCCUUUAAAAGUUAAGGAGGUAAAGCAUUUUAGCCAUCCACAUGCUCUGAAACAAAUUGAAAUUGCAGAAAGUGCAAAAAAGAUUUGUUCUGGCUGUGAGGAUGAACUCACUGGCUCAGCUUACACCUGCAUUGAAUCCCAAUGCUAUUUCAACCUCCACAAAUCCUGCUUCGAAUUGCCGAUAGAAAUCCGCCAUAAUUCCCACCUGGAUCACCCUCUCAAACUACUUGCCAAACCCCCUUCCACUUACACAGAUAAUAAGUUUGCUUGUAACGCUUGUCUUCAAAGCGGGGGCGCAUUUGUUUACAAUUGCGAGAUGUGUUCGUUUGAUCUUCAUGUUGAAUGUGUUUUAUUGCCCGAAAGCAUUAUUAGGCCGGAUCAUAAGCAUCCCCUGAAGCUGUUUUACGCGAAUCCUGUUCCGAAGACAGAAGGACAACAAGAUGAUGUGAAGUUUAUAUGUGAUGUAUGUCAAGAACAGGUGCACGAAAUGGCUUGGACUUAUUAUUGCCAUGAAUGUGAUUUCGGCACGCAUUUGGAAUGUGCUGCCUACGAAGUUAAAAGAGCUGAGAGAACUGAAGAAGAAAUUGUUGCUGAAGCGGAAAUUAAGCUGGCUAUGCUUAACAUCUUGAUGAAUGCAGCUCUUGAUCCUGCUAGUCUGCGAGAGGCUAAAUCUGCUUCGAAUUCAUAAAGUCAUUGUACUCAUUUUUCUUAAUUACUUUUCUGCUGUGUGAUUUCUUUCCUUGGGGGGGAUUAGAAUCGAUUGCGGUUGUUUGGAUUUCAGACUGAAUUAUUGUUUAUUUUUUUUCACAUAACUGGAUUUUUUUGGCCCCUUUACAAUGAUCCUUUCAGUGCCUUAUAUUAGAAAAGUGUAAUGUCACUCACUCAUACUACACUUCGUUUUUGAGAGGGUCCAUAUCAAUGUGAUACGUGUAUAGUUACAAUCAUCUUAUAAUUUCUGUAAAAAUUUGUUGUUCCAAUCAAAUAUAAUCGGGUUUGAAAAGUUCUUGAAGAGGAACUAGGGUUCGAGGGUAACGAAGAACACAUAGUAAAGGUGUGAUUUAAC